AUGCUUUCCACUUCUCCCAAGUCGCCUCUUCAGCCAACAAGAUACUAUCCAUGGAAAGACUGGCGCGGCUCUAUCAAAGAGAUAGCAUUCUUUCCGGACGGGAAGCGCAUCGUGACAGCUGGCCACGAUGACAACUCAACCAGAGUAUGGGACCUGGAAAGCGGGGAAGAAGAUGGUGAACCAUUCGUUGGCCAUAGCCAUAUCACUCUCGCAGUCGCUGUGUCCAAGACUGGGAACGACGUUGUUACUGGAGGAAGCGACAACAAGGUCCUUCUGUGGAAGGAAUCCGACAGGCGUACCCACAAGGUCUUGUUUGCUGGCCCCUUCAGCGGAUCCUCUGGAAUUCUUUCUGUAGCAUUUAGCUCAACUGCGUACCCCAUGCUCGUGGCAUCUAGUGGCACAGACGGUGUGACCAAUAUAUGGGAAGUUAAGACCGACGCCUAUUCGAAUCCCAAAAGAGCUAUUAGGAUCCCCGGAUGUACCAUAACCUCUAUCCAAUUCUCACCUUCCCAUUCUGGUGUCAUUGCGGUUACGUGCACCUUAGAUAAGAAGAUUCGCAUUUUUAACACUUACACUGGAGAGCAGACAAACGAGAUGGUAGGUCAUAGCAUCUACGCACAUGCCUUCUCCUGGUUUCCGGGGGGUCAGCGCAUCGCUUCCUGUGGUGAGAAGUCGAUCCGCAUAUGGGACUCACGAACUGGAAAGGAGGAUGGUGCUCCGAUUUAUGGUCACGAGCGCUUAGUCAAAACAAUCUCCAUCUCUCCUGAUGGAAAAUACAUUGCCAGUGGCUCGAACGAUGGAACCAUACGAGUAUGGAGCGUUGCCACUCGUGGACAGCUGGGCACCCAGAUCGCUGUUGAUCGCGUUAAAAUUGUACGAUUCUCCCCAGACGGAAAAUUCCUUCUCUCGUUCUCCGAAGGAGAAGGCCUGCAACUGUGGCCCAUGGCCCAUCUCGAAGUCGAAGAAGGUCUGAAGCUUACGCGGGAAGUCGUUGACGAUCUGAUGGUAUUCUCGGAUGAAUUCCGACGUGAAAUACACAACACACUUCAAGAGAAGGUUAGCGAGAGACCUCGUUCAAUGAGCUCACGGUUUCUAAUCCAAUUUGACGAUCUAUCAGGGUCUCAUCAACAAGACAUUGCAAGUAUGGAGGUUCUCAUUGAAGACGCAAAGAAUGCGAGCCGCGGUCGUUUCGAUGUUCUACAGAAUUUUCUUACGGAACUCGAUGCUCAUCAACAGGGCCAGUUUUCUAGCGUUAGCUCGGAACUGAAAGGCAUGGCCGAUAAUCAAGACAAAGACUUUUUGGCUCUAAAGGACGGUCUGGGAAAUGUGGCAAAGCAAUUCGAAACUGACAUUGCUGAGAUAAAGCGGGCACAGGAACGCUAUGCAACUAAGCAAAACAAAAAUAUUGAGGAGGUCCAGAGCGAGCUGAGCGCUGUAAGGAAAGAAAUCGGAAACCUGCAGAAGCUUAUAGCUGAAAUGAAUAUGAAUAUCGUGUAA